UAAUCUUGCAGAAAAAUACCACGGUGCAUUUCCAAGCAAUGGCCUGCGAUUUUUUGAUCUCUUUCUGGGUUUUGUUCUUCUUUUCUUUUUCUUUUUUUAUUGUGCUGCGGAGAAGAAAGAUACAAAUGUUUGGAUUGCUAUUAUUAUUUUUUAAUUUUAAUUAAUUUUGUGGGUGGAAUAUUGAAUGGUGUUUUGGGGAUUCAAACGGGCUGUGAGUAUCUAUUUGUGUGGUUCUUGUUCUUUUGUUUGUUUCUCUCUCUUUCUUCCUCUCUCUCUCUCUCUCUCUCUCAUGUCCAUAGUUGUCGAAACUUGGUGCUGCUUGCUGUGUUCCUCUCUCUGUGUUCAUACUGCUCCUAAUUUGUUUGCAUCUGUCCCUGAUGUGUGUUUUCUCUGAUUUUCCGAUAGCCGCCCUUUGAGAAGGGUUUUCUUCAGUUGUCGGCUUUCAUGGCGUUCUUACACCUGUUGAUGAUCGAUGGCGGUUCUAUCCGCGUGACGCUUGUCUGAAUUUCGUUUCUGUGUAUGAUCCAUUGCCAAGUAAGCGUAGUCAGGUACAGGUCCUACUUCUAAGCGUAGUCAGGUACAGGUCCUACUUUUUUUAUGGCGGCGAUUUCGCGACUUAUUUGAUCGGAGAAUUUACCGGCGGCGGAGGAAAAAAGAAAAGGCUUAGAAUCCUCAGGGUUAAAAUCGACCGUUCGAUUCUGUAUGUGUAGUCUGUGUUUGUGUGCUGGGGUUUGUUCACUGCUUAAGAUAGUCGGCGGCGGCGGUUAUGGAUGGUUCGUCGGAGUCCGGUUGGCCGCGGUCGGAUAAUUCGACCGGGUUGAAUUCUUCGUCGUUGUUGGACCGGAAUCCCCGAGCCGCCCGGGCGAGGUCCUCCGGCGACAACACGUCUCGUGAUUCCGGCGGGUUUUUGUCUUCGAGGAAAGGGAGGGAUAAAACCCUGUGGCCUCAGGUAAGUCAUCUCAGAGCUCCGUUUGGCGACUGCGGCGUUGGCGUCGGCGGCGGCGGCGGCGGAAGCGUUGGCGUAGCGGCGGAAUGUAAAGAUGUUAGUCUUAGGCAGUGGUUGGAUACUCCUGGAAGAAAAGUGGAUGCCCUAGAAUGCCUUCACAUUUUUUCCCAAAUUGCAGACAUUGUGAACCGCGCGCAUUCCCAAGGCAUCGUCGUCCACAACGUUCGCCCCUCCUGCUUCACAAUUUCCUCAUUUAAUCGCGUCACUUUCGCAGAAUCGCCGUCCAAUUACUCCGAUUGCGCCUCCGACUCGCUCGAUUGCGGAUCGAAUCCUCAAAUGGCUGAGUUCAAGGAUUCGUCGCCGCCUCCGGCAAUGCAUUUCUCCGGAAACCUGAGGAGGCAUAAUUCUACACUGAAACAAAUUUUGCUUGUGGAACCGAAUUGGUACCGGAGUCCCGAGGAGGCCGCCGGCGCCCCUACCUCUUGCGCUUCCGACAUUUACCAGCUCGGCGUGUUGCUGUUUGAGCUGUUUUACGCAUUCGAUUCGCUGGAAGAGAAGAGCACAACAAUGGCAAGUUUGAGACACCGGGUGCUCCCUCCGCAGAUGCUUCUCACAUGGCCUAAACAAACUUCCUUCUGCCUGUGGCUGCUCCAUCCCGAGCCGAGUUGCCGACCUAAAAUGAGUGAGCUGUUGCACAGUGAGUUUUUAAACGAACCAAGAGAUGACAUAGAGGAACGAGAAGCUGCUCUAGAACUACGGGAGAAGAUAGAGGAGCAGGAAUUGUUGCUGGAAUUCCUUCUUUUAUUGCAACAAAGAAAGCAAGACGCAACUGAUAGCUUGAACGAGACAAUAUCAUUCAUAUCUUCCGACAUUGAGGAAGCAACAAACAUGCAGACAGCUCUCAGGGCAAAAGCUGACCCGAACUUGGAUCCGAGCCAGAAUUCUACAGCCGGCCCCCUUUCUGUGAACAUGACAGACGAUGAUGAUUCUGGCUUCUCCGGCUCCAGAAAGCGCGUUCGCCAAGGUCUUUGCAUUGGAAAUUCACGUGAAUCCAAUAACCAUCCGGAUGAUCAUCAUAAGUCGGAGAGACAUCAAGCAAGUGCUCUCCCGAAAAGCAGUAGGCUAAUGAAGAAUUUCAGGAAAUUCGAGUCUGCUUAUUUUUUGACGAGGCGCAGGUUUGUAAAACCGGCUGGCGGAUUGUUGGCCAGGCCUUCUCCACUGAGCAGCGGCGGUCGAGGAUCCAUUGUUGCAACCGAAAGAAGUUCUAUCAGUAAUCAAUCAUUGAAAGAGCGGCCCAACGAACUUGGGCAGAGAGGAUGGGUAAAUACAUUCCUGGAAGGGUUAUCGAAGUACUUGUCGUAUAGUUCGCUAAAAGUUAAAGCAAACUUAAAGCAAGGAGAUCUCCUAAACUCUUCCAACCUGGUAUGCUCGCUUAGUUUUGACCGCGACGGGGAAUUUUUCGCCACUGCUGGAGUAAAUAAGAAGAUCAAAGUGUUCGACUAUAACUCCAUAUUGAGCGAAGAUCGCGACAUUCAUUAUCCUGUGGUUGAGAUGUCAGGUAGGUCGAAGCUCAGCAGCACAUGCUGGAAUGGAUACAUCAAAGGCCAAAUUGCUUCGAGUAACUUCGAUGGAGUCGUGCAGGUGUGGGAUGUCUCGAGAAGGCAGACAUUCAUAGAAAUGAAAGAACACGAACGGCGCGUGUGGUCUGUGGACUUUUCAGUGGCUGAUCCGACGCUGCUGGCCAGCGGGAGCGACGACGGUUCUGUUAAGCUUUGGAAUAUCAAUCAGGGGGCAAGUCUCGGUACCAUCAGGACGAAGGCCAAUGUCUGCUGUGUUCAGUUCCCAACUGACUCUGGCCGUUCUCUUGCAUUCGGCUCGGCGGAUCAUAAAAUAUAUUACUAUGAUCUUCGCAACUCGAAGAUGCCUCUCUGUACUCUCGUCGGGCACAAUAAAACCGUGAGCUAUGUUAAGUUCAUUGAUUCGACCACGCUUGUGUCUGCAUCCACGGACAACACGCUAAAACUGUGGGAUUUGUCGAUGUGCACUUCGAGAGUUCUGGAUUGUCCGCUUCAGUCAUUUACGGGACACCUGAAUAUAAAGAAUUUUGUCGGCUUGUCUGUAUCCGAAGGCUAUAUUGCUACUGGCUCCGAAACAAAUGAGGUUUACGUUUACCACAAGGCUUUCCCAAUGCCUGCGCUGUCUUUUAAAUUCAACAGCACAGAUCCUCUUUCGGGCGACGAAGUGGACGACACUGCACAGUUCAUCUCGUCCGUUUGCUGGCGCGGGCAAUCUUCCACCUUAGUUGCCGCAAACACCAUGGGAAACAUCAAGCUUUUGGAGAUGGCUUGACCGACGCAACCAAAGCCCGAAUGGCAACUGAUACAAAUGCACAAUGCCGGGACCGAAUCAAGCAGACGUCGACAACGACGACGACAACGACAGCCAGGCAGGCGAGAGGUACUUCAGUAGAAAACUGUUUUCUACUAGAAAAAAUUUUUGGCCCUACUGUAGAGUACACCACACUGGUUUUUUUUAACUGUAAGAAAGAUUCGGAUGCGUAUGUUGUCCAUUGUAAAAAGAACAAAAAAGGUUUGGGGAGAAAUGUCUAUACAUUGAUUGAUGAUUUCA